CUACCUAUGCGCCCAUUACAUUUUCGUAUCUAUCUCCAAGUAGAAGAACGAUGGAGCCUCAUAGCGCAUCAAUACAAAACCAUGUCGUGCAUAAUUCAACUCUCACUGCUUUACCAUCGUUCACCCCUAGCUGAAAAAUGAGUAGAUUCGCGACAUAUUGCGAAUGGAUUGUCACUGUUCGCAAGUGCCUGGAUGGCGAACCGCCUCCAAGUCAUCUCCGCCCACAACGCCGUUGAAGAAAUACGGGAAUGGAUCGGUUCGAUUUCGAGGCUUCGGAAACCACUGGCCCAUGUUCAUCGAGCUCUGGAUUUGACGACAGAAUUAAAGGAGUACGACGAUAAGCAUCCCGUUCAUUGGUAUGAAGUAUUCCCAACCGAAAACACACCCAGUCAACUAUCACCGAACGACCUCUGGCUCCAUUUUAAGCUGGAGAGCCUACGCCCGUGCUUAUGUCUUUUAGUGCGGCUGUUUGGGUUCGUACUUCCGGAUUGUAAACAUAUGUGGGAUGAAUGCGAGAGCAGUCUGGUUAGGAAGCAGUGGAUACGUCAGUUUAUUCUGGAUUUCCUGAAUCCACCAAAGGUCCCGCCAAAAGUGCCAGCCGCCUUUUUACAUCUUCUAAGGACUCGUCAACCCAUCAAAUCAAACUUGGGAUUCUGGCAGGAAUGACGUUACGACCGGAAUAUAAUGUUAAGCUGAUGGUCAGGAUGGAU